UUGUGCUUUCUUGAUUGCAUUUGUUAUCCAUUCCACGCAAUGGCUUAAUUCUACGUAUUAGAAUAAUAAUGGCAUAAAACAAAGACAUAUCAUUACAUAUAAGCUCUAAUUUUGAAGGGAUGGAGCUAUGGCUUUCAUUUUUGAAGGGCAAUCUCAGAUAGACUUUUUUUUAAUGAAAGAAUGAGUACCUUGUACUAGAUGAAAUAAUGAAUUGCUUAGAGCAAAGGAAGCACUAUACACUCAUUGACUUGGAAUUAAACAAGAGUUCUCCUACAGAACGUACCAAUACUCUCAAACGGUCAUUUUCAUUUCAAAUAGUCUAUAAAACUCAUUUGUAUCCAAACAAUCAUGCAAACAUGGUUCUUUUUGCUGUGAUUUAAAAAAAUGUGGCGUUUGAAAAAAAAGCCUUCGGACUGUGAAUUCUGUGAAAAAGAUUUUUUUUUUAUCUUUAAAAGCGAGAACAGCGCUUAUUGUAUGAACCCUCCCUUUCUUUUUUCACCUGGACUUAUUUGGCCUUCUAACCAUUUAACUCUUUCUGCA